AUGAGUACACUAGUGAAUAGAUCUAGUGGUGGAGCGAGUGGUGGUAUUGCAGGAGGUAGUAAUGAUGGUUCAACAGACAAUGAUGUUCUAUCGCAAUAUAAGGUUCUUACAUUAACAUUUAAUCAAGAUUGCACAUCAUUAGCAAUGGGUACAAGAAAAACUUAUGCUUUAUUUACUAUUAGUCCAGAUAAUAAGAUUGAUGAAAUAUAUGAUUGUGCUUAUGAUGAUGUGUGUAUAAUUGAACGUCUAUUUUCAAGUUCAUUAACAGCACUUGUUAGUAAUCAAGCACCACGUAAAUUAAAAGUUUGUCAUUUUAAAAAAGGAACAGAAAUAUGUUCAUAUUCAUUUGCUAAUACAAUACUUGCUGUUAAACUUAAUCGAUUGAGACUUAUCGUUUGUUUGGAAGAAAGUAUUUAUAUUCAUAAUAUGCGUGAUAUGAAAGUUUUACAUACAAUUCGAGAUGUACCAUCAAAUCGUGAAGGUCUUUGUGCAUUAUCAUCAAAUAGCGAUAAUUCUUAUUUAGCCUAUCCGGGUAGUUCACUAACUGGUGAAGUACAAGUUUUUGAUACAUUAAAUCUAAAACCAGGUAUUAUGAUAAGUGCUCAUGAAAGUCCACUUGCUGCAAUGGCUUUUGAUAUGAGUGGAACAAAAUUAGCAACAGCAUCAAAUAAAGGAACGGUUAUUCGUGUUCAUAGUGCUGUUGAUGGUACACGACUUUUUGAAUUUCGCCGAGGAGUACGACGAGCUGCAACUAUAUAUUCAUUAGCAUUCAGUCCUGAUUCAAUGUUUUUAGCAGCAUCAAGCAAUACAGAAACAAUUCAUAUAUUUCGUUUAGCAAAUCCAAAAGAAAAAGCACCUGAAGAAGCAACAUGGAUGGGUUAUUUUGGUCGUAAAUUAAGUGAUGUUGCACAUUAUUUACCUAAACAAACAUCUGAGGUAUUAACACAAGAUCGUUCAUUUGCUUUUGUACAUUUACAAUCACCUGGCAUGAAAACAACAAUUGCUAUGAAUGUAUUAAAUAAAACAUUAAAAUUAUUUGUUGCUGGUUAUGAUGGCGUUGUUUGUGUCUAUGAAGUGAACAUAAAUGAUGGUGGUGAAUGUAAACAAAUUAGUCAACAUCUAUUAUUUAAUAUGUCUCCUAAUUCAAAUAAUCAACAAACUGUAACAACAAAUGAAACACGAAGUUCGUUUGAUGGAUCUGGAAGAACAUAUUCAGCUAAUGUAAUAACAAAUGAUAAUGCAACUGUUCCAUUAUCAUCAACAUCACCAGCAACAAGUCCUACAACAGCAAAAAAUUUUACACAUCCAUCAUCUAAUAUUCCAAAUGAUGAACAUAAUUUUCCUCGAUUACCUUCAUCAGCACCGGGUGUUUAUGAUUAA